AUGCGGUGUAACGCGUCUUGGGAGCUCCGACAGCAGAAGACCGGUUUUAUGAAGAAGACGGUCCUUCCGGUUUUGCGAUGUACCCGAGAUAAGACGCGAAAUCACGACCUCUGGCUUUACGACGGCAACUGGGUGUCUCGGUGGCAGAAACGACGAAAAUUGGGAGGAAAGGAGAAAACGCUGAUCGAAGAAGCGAUUGCCAAUGGGGAAAUACCCCCGAUUUUACCAAAGCGUCCAAAACCAGUUUCGGCGAUUCCUACAGGCCCAGAUGGGAAGGAGCGACUCGACGGCCUCCUCACGAUCAAACCGAAACAGAAAUUCGCCAACAGAUUGUGUCUGUUGCUCGCUGAUAAGACGACUCGAUGCAAAGAUUGCGACUUUUGGCUUCGCGGCGUGAAAGUGAAGCCGGACCACGACGGCAACGUCAUCCAUCAGGGGAAGACGUGGUGCCACUUGCACGACAAAAGUCGGAAAAUUGGAGAUACCCUUCGGAAAUACCGUUGUUCUGAAACCGGAGAGCGUUUGGUCGUUUGCCGCAACCCGUGUGGAACGUGCUUCUGGGCUGGCUUGUCGUCCGCGCCGGAAAAAUACAGCACUGUUCCUCAACACGGUAGCAGACCUAGUCGCUCGAGUCGAGCGUCAGUUGACGUAGAGGGAGGGGAAGUGUCCAUGGAGCAGGGUGUGAUCGACCGGCACUUCGCCCCGUUCACGAUGUAUGAGGAGAGCCCUGCAUUGCGAGGGGUGAAGUCCUCGAGAAGUGCUCAUGAUGGAGACGCAGCUGAGGACUCCCCUGGAGGACUGAAGUUGCAACGCACGACCGAAGCAGGGUUCUCCUUUGACCGUUUGUAUAAGGAGCAGCUGCCGUCGGAACCCUCACUGAAGUGGGAGCCUCAUCAGUUUGAACCUACUUUGUAUCUUUAG